AAAAAAAUCAAAUCAAAUCAAAUCUCCCUAGUCUCUUCCCUGCUCAUUAAGCCCUGCUCGCUUUCUAUGACACAUGUUUAAUCUCAUUAAUUUCUGAUUAUUUCAUUUAUUAUCAUUUUUAUUUUUUUUGCAUGAACUCAAAAUCUACUCCAUCCCCCAAAACAACACAUCUUUCUAUCACUUUCUCGAGAAAAUUUUUAAGUUUCUAAUACUGGAGAUUUUCCCGGAAAAAAAAAAGAUAAAAAAUGAGGUGGGAAAAGGUCCAUCUUCAUACCCAACAAGCUCAAGAAUAUGCUUUCACUGAAGUAUCAAGUUCAGGGCCCGGCAAGAGAUGGGGCCACACUUGUAACGCCAUUAAAGGUGGCAGAUUUCUCUAUGUUUUCGGCGGUUAUGGCAAAGACAACUGCCAGACUAACCAAGUUCAUGUUUUUGAUACUGUUAAUCAGACUUGGAGUCAGCCAAUGAUAAAGGGCAUUCCGCCCACUCCGCGGGACAGCCAUAGUUGUACUACUGUCGGUGACAAUCUCUAUGUUUUUGGUGGUACUGAUGGAAUGAACCCCCUUAGAGAUUUGCAUAUAUUGGACACUUCUUCACAUACAUGGAUAUCACCUAGUGUAAGGGGUGAAGGACCAGAGGCACGGGAGGGUCAUAGUGCAGCCCUUGUUGGUAAACGGCUCUUUAUAUUUGGUGGUUGUGGGAAAUCUUCUGAUACUAACGAUGAAGUAUACUACAAUGAUCUUUACAUAUUGAAUACAGAGACCUUUGUGUGGAAAUGUGCUACAACAUCUGGCAACCCACCAUCUGCACGUGAUAGCCAUACUUGCUCAUCUUGGAAGAAUAAAAUCAUCGUGGUUGGUGGCGAAGAUGGACAUGAUUAUUAUUUGUCUGAUGUCCAUAUCCUUGAUGCAGAAACUCUUACUUGGAAAGAGCUGAAAACUUCAGGUCAGAUGUUGCCACCUCGAGCUGGUCAUGCCACAGUUGCGUUUGGGAAGAACUUAUUUGUAUUUGGGGGAUUUACUGAUUCCCAAAAUCUAUACGAUGACCUUUAUAUGCUUGAUGUUGAUACUGGUAUAUGGACAAAGGUGAUGACUAUAGGUGAAGGGCCUUCUGCUAGAUUUUCUGUGGCUGGUGACUGUUUGGAUCCCUUGAAAGGUGGUGUUCUUGUGUUCAUUGGUGGUUGCAAUAAGAGUCUUGAGGCAUUGGAUGACAUGUAUUACCUAUACACGGGACUUGCAAAUGAGCGGAAGUUAGAGAAGUUAUCACUGAGGAAGCAAUUGAAGCUAAAAUGCCAAGAACAAAAUCUUACUCCUGUAAAUGACAGGGCACUGGUUAGAAUUGAAACGUUCACUGAUGUGCAGCAACCUGUGCCUCUGUCAAGUUAUGGCCAACCAAGAAGAGAGAGUUAUCCAAUAUAUGAAGCUGUGGCCCUACAUGGAAAGAAAACGUUUCAAGCUAAGGUCACUGAAAACCUCCCGCAUGGAUAUACCAUUGAAACUAUUAUAGAUGGAAAACCACUUCGUGGAAUAUUAUUUGCAAACAAGCCAAUCCCUGCCCUCACAACUAAUCAUAAUCCCAGUAGGAAAAGAGCUGCUGGGGAGGGGGGUGUUAUGUUGAAUGGUGAUUGCAACAGCAAUUCAAAAGCUUCUAAAAUUGUAAAACGGGAUGCAAUGGAUCACAGAGAAGCUGAUGGUGUUACCGGGAAGGAAUUCAAGUCACAGGAGACAGUGGCUGCUGCUGCUCCUGAUGUGAAGAUUCCACCACCUUCUGAUGCUUCUCAGCCUUUUAAGGAGCCAGUAUGUUCACAGCCAUCAGUUGCUCCCUUGAAUUUAAACGACGAUAAGCCUAACGAUGUACCAAACUCUACAACGGAAUUUCCAAAAGAGACAAUGCACAAAAAAGAUUCUGCUGCUUUGGCCCCAAAACAAGAUGACUUGACACCCACCAGUGAAGGACACAGCGAACCGGCGAGAUCAAUCUGAAAAGGAAAACAACCAUUUAACUGUUUGUGAUGACUACUGAACAAAACUACAAUACAAACCAGAAGCCAUUUGUACAUUCAACGUUUCAAGGUGGCUAGAUGCAUUUGACCUGUGGUAUACAGAACCUGCUAACUGGUGUGAUCUGCCACCUUCGCUAACACCCGUCUUUUUGUCAUUCUACCGACUAAUGCUCUCUUCUUUACUUAAAUUACUAACUAUCAUUGACUAGUUGUAUGCAGUAGGUUUUUUUUGUAUGACUAGUGAUCAUCUUGUUUAGUUAUAGCUUCAGACUGAACUGCUUAUACACGCAGACAGGAAAAGAAAUCUCUUGUCGGAAGUUAGUUUGGGUAUCACUUAAUUGCAGAGAGAAUUCUGUUGCUUUCGAGCAAAAUACACAGAUCUGCAUAUUAUCGGAUUCUGGCAUGCUUUUUAUACUCAUCUGAUAUGUUGCCUACCCAUACUAAGUAAUCCUGUUUACAGAAUUUUCUGUAUAAGAAUUUUUGUUUCCUGAAUUGAAGGCGCAAAAGCUAGUUAAAUGUUUUUGCACGAACUUCUUUCUCCC